GAUGCCGUCCGCGGCUCUCGUUGACCAACCAGCGGUGCCUAUCGCCCUCCCUCCAUGAGAGGGAGGGACCGGUCCUCCGCCAUCCCAUCAUGCAACGCGAGGGCGGCGGCGGCGACAGCGACGGCGGUGGCGGCCGCCAUGUUGUGGUAGUUUGUUGUUCGCCGGUGGUGGCUGCGCGUCGAGGGGCCGCUGCCGGGCGCUGAAUCCGGGCCCUUCCCCGUUCCCUCCUCUCCCCGCCGCUCCCGGGGGCGGCACCGGAGGCGCUGUCGGGGCCUGCCGCCGCCUGGGCACGGCGAGGAGCCAUGGCUGCCGCGCUGGGAGGAGGAGCAGAUGAUGACUUUGAUCAGUUUGAUAAGCCUGGUGCAGAAAGAUCUUGGAGAAGAAGAGCUGGAGAUGAUGAGUGGGACAGGUUCAACUUUGAAAAAUGUCUUAAUAUUUUCCAGUGAACUUGAAGAUGAUUUGCUUGGAGAGGAUUUGCUUGCUGGCAAAAAGAAUCAAUCAGACUUGUCAGAUGAAGAGCUGAAUGAUGACCUCCUGCAGAGUGACAAUGAAGAGGAACAAGAAUUUCGUUCUCAAGGUGUCACGGUUAGCCUCAAUGCUACGUCUGGCAUGUUUACAUCAUACGAACUCUCUGAGAACAUCAACGAUCCAUCAGUCGAACACGGGUCUGGGUACAACCAAGGAGAAGAUGAAAUUGGUUACGACAAAUCUGAAGCACCUGAAGUGUAUGCUUCAGAGUAUUCUGAGGAAGGACAUUACGAAGGCAACGAUCCUGAACUGACAGAAGACCAAAUAGAGUAUGGGGAAGAGCCUGGAGAAGAUGAUGAAGUGCUAGACCUUGAAAUCAAUGAACCCCUGGAUGAAUUUCCAGAUGAAGAUUACAUGCAGUCAUACAAUCAGCAAGCAAUGGAAGAACAAGGAGAGUAUACAGCUGAUGAGGAGCUGGAAGAAUCACAGACAAUGACAAAUGAAUCUGAAGAGGCAGCUAUUGAAUCUCUGGAACUUCAAGAAGAAACAAAAGAGGAAUCUGAUGAAGAGGAAGAUGAUGAUGAAGAGUCUGGAAGAUUACGUUUCAAAACUGAACGGAAAGAAGGAACAAUAAUUAGACUCUCAGAUGUGACAAGAGAAAGGAGAAACAUUCCAGAAACUUUGGAACUUUCUGCAGAAGCCAAAGCAGCAUUACUUGAAUUUGAAGAAAGGGAAAGGCAGCUUAAACAGGGGCGAUACGGCUCAAGGAGAGGAGGGCGAAGAGGAGGCUCAAUUAUGUGCCAUGGAAUGGGAGAACAAAGGAGAGACAAUGAUAGGGGAAGAAUGAAGGAUCACAGACCUGCACUGCUGCCAAACACACCAUCGACAAUGACUCAUUCACAGAGGUUAAUUCCAACACACCAGCAACCUGUUAGGAGUCUGUUCCAGCACCAGCAGCAGCAACAGCAGCAGCAACAGCAACAGCAGCAGCAACAGCAGCAGCAGCAACAGUUACAAUCUCUGCUUCCUUUACAGCAUCAGCAUCAUUCUUCUCCUCCUCCAGGGCUACAUAUGCCCCCUCAGAUAGAAACACCUAGAAUAAUGAUGACUCCACCGCCAGUGACACCUCAGCAACCGAAGAACAUACACAUAAAUCCCCAUUUCAAGGGAACAGUAGUGACGCCUGUACAAGUGCCCUUGCUGCCAGUUCCAGCCCAGCCAAGACCUGCUGUAGGACCCCAGAGAUUUCCUGUCCCUCCAGACUUCCAGCAGCAUGCACCUGGACCUGUUCCUACCAACUUCUCCCAGGCCCCACGGCUGCCAAUGCAGGAUCAGUGGAGAGGCCCACCUCCCCCACCGCCACCUCUCCCUCCUCCACCUCCUCAGGACAGAGACCCUUUUUUCCUAGGAGAUCCAAGAUUUCCCAGCCAUCACUUGUUUGAGCAGCGGAGUCCCCCACCGCCACCGCCUCCCCCGCUUCUUAACAGUCCGCACCCCGUCCCUACCCAGAGCCCGAUGCCAUUCAGCCAGCCCGGGCCAGCAUUCAGCCAGCAAGGACAGCAGCCUGUAUUUCCCAGAGAGAGGCCACUAAGGCCAAACAUACAGCCUCAAGGUCCAGUGGGAAUUCUCCACUUCAACCAGCCAGGUUCAGCAAAUCCACGGCCCUUCAUUCCUCCAAGACAGCAGUUCCUACAAGCCCCGGGACAGCCCUUCCUUGCUGCACAUGCACAGCCUAACAUGCAGGGUCCCUUGCAUCCUCCAUUGCAGCCUCAGCCACAGCCUCAGCCUCAGCAGCACCAUCACCAGCAGCAGCAUCAUCACCAGCAACAGCAGCAGCAACACCAUCAUCAUCUCCAAGGGCCACCACAGCCCUUGAUGCCCAUGAACCAACCACAGUUCAGGCCUCACAUACAGGCCUCACCGCAGCAGCCAAAUAACAGCAGAAUGCAGUGUCAGCAGCGGCAGGGUCCGAUGAAGCCAAGGCAUAGCACACCCUCACAAAAUAUUGUCAAGCGUCCAAAUCAGCAACUACAGCCAACUGCUCCAAGAAACAGUAACUUGCGGGAGCUGCCCAUAGCACCGUCACACGCUCUGGAAGUGAGCAACAACAGGCGAACCUCUACUCCAGCUGCUCAGGUCAAACCCAUUACCAGCACGAUGUCUGCCUCCAAGACUGUAGCUAGUGGUGGAAACUCGCAGGGAAGGCCUGAGAUGAAAGCUAAGGCAGUCACACCAGUGGGCCAAGUGAAACCAGAAGUAAAAUCAGAACCAGAGUAUCCAGAUGAAGACGAAGAGACUAGAUUGUAUCGUUUGAAGAUAGAAGAGCAGAAACGUCUAAGAGAAGAAAUUCUGAAACAAAAGGAGUUGAGACGGCAGCAGCAGGCUGGUGCUAGAAAGAGAGAAUUGCUAGAAAGGCUUGCACAGCAGCAACAGCAGCAACAGCAACCUUCUGUGCAGCAAUCCUACAUGCAACAGGACGAUGACUCUUCUGAGUACCCUACCAACGGCAAUCCUUACAUACCCCACUCUGGCUUACAGACCAGGCAAAAUGUGAAAAACAGACUUCUUGUUAAAAAGCAAGAUAUGGUAGUUCCCAAUAUUCAGCCCAAACACACAGACUACUCGCAGGUUGGGGCUAAUACGCAGUAUCAAGGACAGCAGAUGAAACCAGUGAAACAGCUGAGGCAGACCAGAACAGUAUCUUCCAGUCAGCCUCAGGCAUCGCAGAAAGUGUUACAGACAAAACCUGCUGCAGCACCGCUGCCCACCUCACAGACUGCUAGAGUGGCUUCCGUACAAGCAAGGCCACAGGAGAUGAAACCUGGCGUGAAAAGAACUGUCAUGCAGCGGACAAACAGUGGUAGUGGAGAUGUGCCCCAUGGCGGCAGCAAAGUCAGGGUGAUUAAGUUGUCAGGAGGGCAGGGGGGAGAGGACGCUGGCUUUUUUCAUCCAGAGGGCCAGCCCCAGCGGCCUCAGCAACCUCUGGAGCCGAAACAGCAGCCAGUGCGGAAGGUCACAUUGACAAAGGGAAUGCAACAGCAGCAGCACCAACAGCAGCAGGCACUGAUCCGUUCAGCAGCUCCUCAAGGGGUCAAAAACAUCCAGGGAAUCCAUCAACCUAAAAAGGUCAUUAUGCAUGGGAGAGGCAGAGGAGUAGCAGGCCAGAUGGGCCGAGGACGCUUGAUGCCAAAUAAACAGAACCUGCGAGUGGUGGAGUGCAAACCUCAGCCCUGUAUUGUGUCAGUUGAAGGGCUUUCUUCAUCAACUACUGAUGUCCAACUGAAAAACCUGCUGAUGUCAGUGGGACCCAUUCAGAGUUUACAGAUGCUUCCUCAACAACGGAAAGCCAUAGCAAAAUUUAAGGAGCCAGCACACGCUUUAGCAUUUCAACAGAAAUUCCACAGGCACAUGAUAGAUCUGUCCCACAUAAACGUGGCACUGAUAGUUGAGUGAUGUCUGCUGAGAGAAUUACUUACACUACCAGAAACAUACAGUGGAGCAACACGGGACACAGUGACAAAACUAUCAGGUUCUGAAACCUUUCAGCUUAGUCUUUUAAAUGCCAUGUUGAACUACAGAGAGCAGCAAGGUGUCCUCGAGAAGACCUGAACUUGAGAGGAUCUACAGAGGUGGAAUUUCUGUUCGGUUUCUUCAGAUUCUGUUGUAACCACAUGGAGCUACAGUCUUGUUUUGUUUUUUUCCUCAAAAAGCUACAGUGCAGGUAGACACUGUUCUUCAAGAUACUACUUUGUGACCACAGUGACUUUGAGAUAGAACGUUUACACCGAAAGAUGUACAAACUUUCUUCAUAGCAAAGAAUAUUUGAUAAUGGUUGCUCUUAUCUUCAGUGUGAGGUAUUUGAAUGAGAGCUCACUUUUCUAAACAAAACACGUUAAUUACGUUGUAUAUCCAAGAGCAUAGAAGGUAUUCUUGCAUAGGUUUAAACGUGGUCUACUUCAUUGAAUAGAAGUAUGCUGAGAAACUUUGGAGGUGACACUGGAAAACUGUAGUUUCUAUCUUUGUAAAUAUGUUAAGUCUGUCUCUGCAUUUUCUAUUCCAAUACAGACUUCCCAUUUUCUCCUUCCAACUCCGCUUAUUCCAUAAAACACUGUGUAGGAAAUAACAUUGCUGUAUUUUCCCUUGGUUUUUAAAAACAAGGAUCUUUGCCAUUCAGUAGCAUCCUGGGGUAGUUAACUCCAAGUUGUAACUAAAUUGUUUUUAAUGAUGUUGCCAGCUACAAGGAAAAAAGAAAUAUUUAGUGGCUCACCUAAAAAAAACCCAAAAAGUUAUACAGGAAGAGUGGUGUAUUCCUAAUAGUUCUUUUCGGCUAGUGUUUCGUAAUUGCCUUAUGCUUUAUUUGGAUUAGUUUUUUUUUUUUCCUCUUGAGAUUUACUUUGUGACUAAUGCUGAACCAUAAGAAACCCGUUAACUGAAAGGAUUUGGUUUGAUGUGUUGUUCCCAAUGCAUACGAGACUGUAAGGACAUUGUGAAUCUGCUGGUGAACGUGGCAGUUCACAACAGUACGUGCAAACGUUAAGGAGCUUAUAUUUUAUUCAAAGCAAAACCCAUGUUUCCUUUUGGUUAGAACCAUUUACAUGGUAUUGCCAAAGGAACCGUUUUUUUUCAGUUACUUCUGAAUAAACUUCUUAAAAUGUCAUCUUUAUAUUGGAUUGCAGUUUUUAAUGAACAUUUCCAUAGUUUUUAGACUGUGAGCUUUUGCUUCACCCUUUAUUUUAGGAAUACUCUUGAGCAUUCCACCUACUAUUGAAUGGGGGGACUUAAGCCUACAAAGUUUUGUUGUUUUGGUUUUUUAUUUUUUUUUGUCAUCUGAACGACCACAGAAGAGCACCACUGGUAUGUAAUUAAACAACUGUGAGUGGGGUCCAAAACAGGAGGAGGAUGAACUAAGCAAGUUUAUAGUAGCAUAGAUACAUAUUUCUUAAGAUCAAAUGGUAACCAAAGUCACUAAGACCUAAUUGGCUUUCUUACAGUUUUGGUCCAAACUUUGAAUUGAGUAGAGGUUGCUAAAAUUAAUGAUUGAGUAAUAAAUAUCACCUAGUCCUCUAGGUAAGAACUGCUUUUUGUUCACUGAAGUAACAGAGUAAUGUGGUGCUUUUAAUUGCACUGGUGAAAAAAUGUGAAGAAUACUGUUAGCCCAGUUACAACGCAGUGACAAGGCACAACAACAUCAGAACAAUAUUCAUACAGAAGCUAAUUUUGUACCUGUUUGUGCAGUUCCCUUCUUAUGCAUAACACUUAACGUUCAGCACAGUUACUCUGCAUACAGUGCUGUUAGUGCUUCAGUUAGACCUAAGCCCAGGACAGAGUCACAGGUAGGAAGCAGGCGGUGGAAGCCAACUGAAGACCAAUGCCAGGUGAUUGCAGUGACCAGCCCUGCUAAGUGCUCUUUAGUUCCUCACUCCCACGAGCGCUGGGACCUUUGUGCUACUUCCUCAGGUUAUGUAAUUUUUAUUUUUGUUUUUAAAUAAAUGUUUAUAUUUAAAACGAGUCAUUAAACAGUUAUUCACCCCACUGUUAAGACAGCAACUUCUCUGUACUGAGGAGAACGGAAAGACAUCUAGGAAUGGAGCAUUAAUAGCGUGUGUCUGGAAAUCUGUGUUAGGUGCAAAUGCCAGACAGGCCAGCAGCUGAGUUCAGCAGUAGGAACAUCUGCAGUUGAUCAGCUGUUCUGUCAUAAGCAAAUGUUGUUGGGGUUAGAGGGUUUCUUGGAGCUGAAGGGUAUGGGUUUGAUUCAAAAGUCAAAGAAGUUCGCAGAACUUUGUAGAAGUUUGCUCCUGCUUUGGGUUUUGAAUCGAUCCCAGAGAGGCUGAGGUUCAGCCAACCCAAACAAGUGUUAUGAAUUUUUAUUCAAUUGAGUUUUGUUUUUUUUUUUUUUUAAAUGUUUUUAAACAAUUACAAAAAUGGGUGGCUUUGGAACAAAGACUUGAAUUGCCUCAGAUCUAUUUAAAUGUAGGAGGCGAUGCUAACAAUGCUUGUUUAAUGACGAGGUGGGUUGUCUUUAAAGGUGGUUGCAGUUAUUGCUUGGGCAUAGACAGUGUGGGCAGAUUGCUGGUGAUUUUAACUGCUCACUGCAGUGGCUGAGUAUCAGAACUAUAUGUAGACAUCAUGUAUGUAUGUCUAUAUGUAUUUUAUUAUACACAUACAUACACACGCUCACCCUUAUUGUCACCACUUCUUUCCAGUAUCUUAAACUCAGUAGCAACAGUAGCGAUUAGGCGAGUCUCUUGUUAAAAUGUUUGUGUUUUGUUAGUUCUCAAAUCCUUCCUUAACACUGAUCUGUUGGCAAGUGAGCAGUUUGAACGAUGCAUCUCUUCUAGUUCUUUCUGUUGUGUCCCCUCCCAAAAAACCACCGAGGAAGUAGAGGUAAAGCUAAAUGAACGUGUUAUUUCCAUGUUCUCUUUCAGCACAUAGUUAAAUCUGAACAUCUUAAGUUAACUUUCUUGGAAGAUCUGUUGCAACCAUUAUCUUGUUCUUUCUUGAUCAUGCAUUCAAAAUACAAUGCAAAAUGCAAACAAAGCGUUUAAUGUAGUAUGUAAAUAUUGAACUUUUGGAAUUAAAAUGUUACUCGAAGUGCUUACAGUCAACCACAUCUUAGCUAUGUUAGAUUUUUGUGUUGUCUUAUCUAAGUUUAAUGGAUAUGGUUCCAUAAAUGUUGAUGUGUUUUCGUGUAUAUCUUCAAAUUUUUAUAAAGAUGCUAGUAAGUCAAUACGUAUACCCUGAUCUGUGUAUUAUUUGUCCACCAUUCUUAUUAGAGUAGUUCUAUAUUGAUUUUAAUAGGCGACUCCAGUAGGUCUUAUAUGGAGCCAACUCUUUUUUUAUUGCUUUGUUUUCGUCUGUCACACUGUAGCACUGGCGAAUAAUUCACUUCAUGACUAAUCAUAUUCUGCUUAGAAUUGGCCUAAAAGAUUGGCCAUAUGUUGUGGUAUUUUAGUAGAAUGUUAUACAUUUAAAAAAAAAAAAAAAAAGGGUUUAAAAAACAGCUCUAUUUGUUGAGGGGAAAUAGAAUAAAUAGAAUACACUGUCAGACUGAGGCCUGGGCUUCUAGGUUUGUUUGGUUCUGCUGUACCAGUACAGACAGGUCUGCCUUGUAAUUCUGUUCUCAAAGUUUGGGCUGUUCUUGUUUUACACAUAAUUCAAGUUGGUCGUGUAACACUUGUUUUCAUCACAAUGUUAGCAGCUGAUUGUGGCACAUACUGUAUGGUGAAACCAACGGGAGUGUUUGAAGAGCUGGGUGUAAUUGCUGCUAGGUGGGAGGAGGACAGAUCCAUAGCAUCUUCACAGCUAACAGAAACUGCCACGCUGAUGGUUUUUCUCCAAGUAGUGAUGGAGAGUAAAUGUAGACGGGGUGAUGGUUCUCAGCCCCCCAGAAAGCUCCUCUAUGAGUUGAUGUAAGAAGAGUAAAUACUGGCACCCUGUGUGCAGAGUAUCUUCAGAUACAGAAUUUAGUCCCCAGUUUAAUUCAGAGAAUUCACUUCAUAUUCUCCCCCUCUUCCC